UGCCGCCGCUCCAUCUGGCCCGCCGUCUGGAUUUUCCCUCAUCGCGAAGGGCACACACCGGAGCCGCGGUCGAGCACCGUCUUGAUGGCGAACACGAGAGAGGGAGCCACGGCGUUAUUGCGCCGCUCGCGAUGGUCUCGCGGGCCGGCGGUGCACCAGUGUUAAUUCUUGCACGACAUCCGCGUGGUGGCGUCGCGGUUUGGUGACCAAGAAAACACACACACACACACACUCGCACCAACAACAUACCAGCAGCAGGGGACCGUGCGUGUCAGCGAAGUGGAGUGCGCCGAAUUCGAGUCGUCAGGGCCCGCCGAAGCGUCCGUUUCGGCGGGAACAGCCCGGUGAGGCGACGGACAGCGCCAUGGCAGAACCGGCCCACGGCCCAGAUGCUCGGCCGCCCCAUUCCGAUGACCCGCACUCGGCGGCCGCGACCAUUCUGUCGCGCCUCCGCGACCGUCCCAAGAGCCUCCAGCUGCUGGAGAAGCUGCGCGGCGCCGGCGGCACCGACGACAACGCCACCCGCAACCGCCGUACGCCGUCCCGCAGGGGCAGCGGCGUGGUGACCUCCGAUCAGCUGAUCUCGCGGUCCCCCGAUGGUGCCGAGGACGACCCUGAGACCCAGGAACUGGCGCGCCUGCGCUGCCCCAGUGAAUGCACCGAAGUGAUCGCCGAGCGCGAAAUCCGCCGCCGACAAAGACGAUGCGCCGACUACCCCGGUUUUGCUUUCGGCUCCUCCAUGUUCAGUUCCGACUCCAUGAUGAAGUUUAAUAUCAUUAAGAACGAAUUGCAUAAUAUAAUGAACACUCAAUUGAAGAGGGCUGAAGGUGAGGUUGCUGCCCUCAACCGCCGUAUCCAGCUGUUGGAGGAAGACCUGGAGCGCUCUGAGGAGCGUCUCUCGACCGCCACUCAGAAGCUCGCCGAGGCUUCUCAGGCCGCCGACGAGUCCGAGCGUAUGCGCAAAGUCCUUGAGAACAGGAGCUUGGCUGAUGAAGAGCGCAUGGACGCCCUGGAGAACCAGCUGAAGGAGGCCCGCUUCCUUGCUGAGGAGGCUGACAAGAAAUACGAUGAGGUGGCCCGUAAGUUGGCCAUGGUUGAGGCUGACCUGGAGAGAGCAGAGGAGCGUGCCGACACCGGCGAGUCCAAGAUUGUGGAGCUUGAGGAGGAGCUGCGCGUCGUCGGUAACAACCUGAAGUCUCUUGAGGUUUCUGAAGAGAAGGCUUCGGCUACAAAAGUCAUGUGCGAAGACCGAAUCGCUACAAUGACCAUUAACUUACGGAAUGCUGAGGCUCGUGCUGAGUUCGCUGAGCGUUCUGUGCAGAAACUGCAGAAGGAGGUUGACAGGCUCGAAGAUGACUUGGUUAGCGAGAGGGAGAAAUACAAGGCGAUCGCAGACGAAAUGGACAAAACGUUCACAGACAUUGCGGGUUACUAACAGCCACCAUCGACCACCAACCGACCCCUUCUGCUAAGCUAGAAUACUACCUAUCUACUAACACUCACGCCAACACAACUUCGCCACUCACUAACCAUGCAGCCAGCGCUACUAAUAAUUUGGACAAGCCCUGAGGAGGAUCUCUGCUGCGCCUGCAUUUUCUCUCGACGUGAUUUUGACCGCUUUCGACGUUUCGUUCCUGAAGCAGGAGGAGGAUUGAAACGGACGCACGGAAAGAGGAAAGCGAUUUCUGCCGUUCAAAUUUAAAACUUCGAAAUUUAGGGACUAGCGUUUGUGGCUUCAUCUCUGUAGCCUAUUUGUGCUGGUGCCAUUUCUUUUAAUCUAAUAAUUUUUAUUAUUGCACGAGUGGCGUGCGAAUAAAUGAAUUGGUCAAGUCAGAAAUGGCAUCAACGCUACGUGCAAAAGCGUAUAGUAAUAUGUCAUCUUUCAUUAUUUGAUAAAGAAAACGCGACCUAUAGAUACGCAUUUAGGUGACCACAGAUAUAAACAAUGCUGACGAUUGCAUUAUUUUGGAGCAGCUGCGAUUGAUUGAACACUUAAUGGCCUUUUUUAUCCCACGCGCAUUCAACAUGUUUUAAUGAUGUGAGAACAAAGUAAUUUUUAAGCUUCCUUCAUGACACUAGAAAUUUUCCUCGGUUUUAUUUGAAGCACUCGCACAUAUAAUAAUUAUGGAAUGGUAACGCAAUUAAUAUGAAAAUUAUAAUUCAAAGUGGAUUGUGAUGGCGGCCUGAUAAAAUGAAUUAUUAUUUCAGCAGUCCAAUAAGGCCAGUUAGGGUGUAAAAGUUUAUUUGCUUGACGCAAAGUGUGUAAAAAUACCAAAAAUGAUUUUCCAAAAAUUUAAAUUAAGAUGAUUGUAAUAAUGGAGCUAGCUCUCGAUGGUUUGGGUGGAUUCUUUCAAAGGCUUUUUUAUAUAUUAAAGUUACACAUUAUUUUUAACUUACAAAUUCUAUUGCGUCAACCGUUUGAUUAACAGAUUGCCUUCAUAACACUUAAAUUAAUCAUAAUAAGCUUUCAAAUUUUGAUUAAAAUUGAAUGUGAGCUGAGUAAGUCAUCAAAUAAAUUUUAUUUCUGAUAUUCACAAAACAA